GAUGCUCGGUGGCCGGUGUUGGGCCUCCGUAGGUUUGCAAGUUAAUGGUUGCAAGUACCUGGUCAAACUACAACUGUUGGUUCUCCCUUUCUGUUCUUCCUUGCCUGUCUACCUUUUGUAACCUCCUUCCCCUCCCCGGCAGCCCUUGGAGCUCUCGAAGUACUCUUAGAGAAAAGACCCUCAAAAUAUUCUUCUGUUCCAGAGAUAAAGAAUUCUUCUGUUUUCAAGUGGUAGAAACAAACAUCCUGAACUUUCCUUGCCCUAAAUGGCUGCAGAAGCAAGAAAAUCUUUAGCCCUAGCCCCACUAGACCAGCCUCCUGAAGACCUUGUAAUUGUCAAGGUAGAGGAAGACCAGAGCUGGGACCAAGAAUCUACUCUACAUGAAAAUGACCCUCCUGGCCAAGAACUGUUCCGCUUGCGCUUCAGAAAAUUAUGCUACCAGGAGACACUAGGUCCUCGAGAAGCUCUGAUCCAACUCCGAGCGCUUUGCCAUCAGUGGCUAAGACCAGAUUUGAACACCAAGGAGCAGAUUUUAGAGCUACUGGUGCUUGAACAGUUCUUGACCAUUCUGCCUGAGGAGCUCCAGACUCUAGUUAAAGAACAUCAGCUAGAGAAUGGAGAAGAGGUGGUGACCCUAUUGGAAGAUUUGGAAAAGCAGAUUGACAUAUUAGGACGGCCAGUCCCGGCUGCUGCACAUGGACACAGAGUACUCUGGGAGGAAGCGGCACAUUCAAAAUCUGUACGCAAACUUCCAGAUACUCAGCUCCAACCAUUGGCAGCCCAAUAUAAGUCGUCACUGCUCCAAGGACCACCAGAGAAAGCCAUAUCUACUUCUCAAAGUUCAGCUCCUUCCCAGGAAAGAAGUCCUAGAGACCAGGAGAUGACUGCUACACUUCUCACGGCAGGGUUCCAGACCCUGGAGAAGAUUGAAGACAUGGCUGUGUCCCUAAUUCAAGAAGAAUGGCUUCUUAAUUCAUCACAGAAGGAUCUGAGUAGAGACAACAGGCCAGAGAAUUUAAGAAGUGUGUUCUCCCUGGGUGGUGAAACCAGGAAUGAGAACAAGGAAAUAGCUUCAAAACAGGUAACAUCUACUGGAAUCCAACCACAUGGAGAAGCAGCUGUCAGAUGCAACGGGGAUGUUAUCAGGGGUCUUGAGCAAGGAGAAUCUAAAGACCUUCUGGGCAGAUUAGAGAGGCAGCGAGGAAAUCCCACCCAAGAGAGACGACAUAAAUGUGAUGAAUGUGGGAAGAGCUUUGCUCAGAGUUCAGGCCUUGUUCGUCACUGGAGAAUCCACACUGGGGAGAAACCCUAUCAAUGUAAUGUGUGUGGUAAAGCCUUCAGUUAUAGGUCUGCCCUUCUUUCCCAUCAGGAUAUCCACAACAAAGUAAAACGUUAUCACUGUAAGGAAUGUGGUAAAGCCUUCAGUCAAAACACAGGCCUGAUUCUACACCAGAGAAUCCAUACCGGGGAGAAGCCCUAUCAGUGCAACCAAUGUGGGAAGGCUUUCAGUCAGAGUGCAGGCCUUAUUCUGCACCAGAGAAUCCACAGUGGGGAGAGACCCUAUGAAUGUAAUGAGUGUGGGAAAGCAUUCAGUCAUAGUUCACAUCUCAUUGGACAUCAGAGAAUCCACACUGGAGAGAAACCUUAUGAGUGUGAUGAGUGUGGGAAAACCUUCAGGAGGAGCUCACAUCUUAUUGGCCAUCAGAGAAGCCAUACAGGGGAGAAACCCUACAAAUGCAAUGAGUGUGGGAGGGCCUUCAGUCAAAAGUCGGGCCUUAUUGAACAUCAAAGAAUUCACACUGGAGAAAGACCCUAUAAAUGUAAAGAAUGUGGGAAAGCUUUCAAUGGGAACACUGGCCUUAUUCAGCAUCUGAGAAUUCAUACAGGGGAGAAGCCCUAUCAGUGUAAUGAGUGUGGGAAAGCCUUUAUACAGAGGUCCAGUCUCAUUCGACAUCAGAGAAUCCACAGUGGAGAAAAAUCUGAAUCCACAGGAGUAUAAGAAAAGACUUUGGUAAUUACUAGGGCAUUAUUCUACAUUAGAGAAACCACAUGCUGGUGAGAGAGUUUUCAGUGUAGUAAAAAGGCAGAAAGUUGAUCAUCAUUUGUAACCUUACCUAGUGUCACAAUCAAUUGUGGUGGCAAGGUUAGACUUCAGUAGUUUUAGCCGAGUGCCUUGACGGAGGUUAAUUAACUAUCUUGGAGUUAUCUGAUGGAGUGGAAUGCCUGAUGUAUCAUUUUGGAACUUAAAUAGUAUUGGAGAAGGCUGCUUACUGUGACUUAUGGCACUUAAUUUUGUUUGUUGGGUGAGUAGCUUUAAGUUUGAGAGGGUACUUUACUUAGUUCCUCUACUUCUUCCCAUAUUCUUUGAUCCCUUUCUUCCAUAUAUUCCCAUAAAGAUGUGUUUGUGCUCAUAAUUUGGUCUAAGAAGCUGCUUUGGAGUUAGGAAAAACCUCUGUGUAUGAAGCUCCAUUUGAAUUUAAUAUUCUUUUUUAUUAAUAAAGAUUUAUUGAAAGAUAGAAGGGAAGAGAGAGAACGAGAGCAUCACUCUGGCACAUGCAAUGCUGAGGAUCAACUUGGGACCUUAGGCUUGUAAGUCUGGUGCUCAGGCCACUGCACCACCUCCUGGACUGCAUGCAUUUAACUUUCUAAGAUCCUAGGUCUAAGAUUUUGUAGGCACUUAACAUUUAUGCUUAAGUGUGCAUUUUAUUUUAUACUAAUGUUCCUUAUAGUAAGUGGAAAUUCAUGUUCCCACGCAAAACUCAGAAUGCUAUAUUUUUAACAGAACUCCAGAAUUUUUCUUCAUAAGUCACCUUCACUGACUCCACUGAGUCACUGAGCGCCUAUACGUAUUCUUCACCACUCCCAGUCUCAGUACCUGUGUCAGCAAAGGAAGUGGACGAAUUAGUGAUGGUUGUGGGAAUGAUGCAGAGAAAGAGGUGAGUGGAGACCCAGCCUGGCUGCUCUUGAGCUUGGAUGGUUAUACCUUUCGGUGACUUCUGGCUCUCCUUUCCACCUUCUCACUAUAUACUAUAAGUAUUUACACUACCCUCGUUAUUGCAUCCCAUGGGAGAAAUUGGAAAUGGGUACUUGAAGACAUAAAAGCCCUUACAAAAAAUGUAUACACAUUCCUCUUGACCAAUUAUAGUGCUGUUCUCUUAGGUUCUUAUCUAUCUGCACAUUCUCUAAGUAGUUUCUGAUUUUCAUCAUUACCCUGCACCCACUACCAUAGAUGAUUCAGCAACUCCCUUAUCCUCAUUUUUUUUCUGACAUUAAUAGCAUUAAUAGGCACAAAGGUAAUCUGCUGUGUUAAAGUAUACAAUUCAUAAUCCCUUAUUCUUCUGAACUUUGGUGUAAUACAUUAGACACAAUGCUAAAGUUAUUACCAAGCACUGUGUUUUAUCGUUGAAACUUUCAGUAUAGUGAGACAUUGUAUAAAGUAACGAGUCUGGUUUAAGGUAGCACACCAGAAGGUAGGUUGUUAUUUACAUUGAGCAUUUCUAGUUAGCCAGUAGUGCUGUUAAUCUUAACAAUGCUACCAUUCCUCCAAGUAUUUGGAACAUUCAGAAUUUCUGUUUAUAAUGAACUAUACAAGAUAAGUUUAUUACGCUUGAAUCACAUAUAAUUUUUUCUCUUUAUUUUAUUAUUCAAACACUUUGAAAUUUUGAUUUAUUUUGGUCCUAUUUAUGACCAUAUAUAAACAAAUCUGACAUUUAUUAGAUUUGAUAAAUGACAAAAUUACUAGUUUCUUAUAAACUAUUAUUGAUUUCAUUUUUCUUUUUUAAGAUAGAGACAAAGAGAAAGGGUAAAAGAGACCACAACACCAAAGCUUCCUUUAAUGUGGUGGGGACCAGACUCUCACCUGAGUCACAUACAUGGCAAAGCAACAUACUAUCCAAGUGACCUAUUUCACCUGUCCUAUAUACAAUUUUUUUACCAUUUUACCAUUUGAUUAUGCACUUUUCCAUCAGACUUAUUUGAUUAUGUUGGCUGUUUCCAAAUUGACUUUCAGAAUUGAAAUUCAGUCCAUUAACCCUACUCAGAUAAUAUGAUAUACAUUUUGAUAAAAUAAAAAAAAAAACUCCAGAAAAAGUUAACAGCUUAACUCUGAUUAUCUUAAAAUGAACGAUGCUUAUAAUCAUGAUUUUCUUUUACUGAUUUAAGUGAGCAAAAAAAAAAAAAUAGUCUUACAUUUUAGAGAUCUGCCGUUUGGAUCACAACUUUCUUCCCUAUAACUUCUGGGGAAACACACACACACACACACACACACACACACACACACCCGCGUGCUAAUUACCCACUUUAAUGCCAUAAUCAAGGUUAUCUACACCUAUUUCUUUGAGUCAUUGUGUCUCACCUGUCAUUUAUCAUCCUUAUUUUUUUAACUUUUUAAAAUAGUAAUUUCUCUUUCUCCCCAUAGAGUAUUGUUCCUAAGCCACCUGUACAUCAGAUUUAAAAAAAAAAAGCCAAGGACAUGUAAAUCUCUUUGUCUCUAAAUCCUUGUUCUCUGUUUCAUUGUGCCUUGCCCCAUGUAAGGUAGUAACUUUGCCUGAAGCCAGUACUAUGAUGGGUAUAACUGUCACACAGGAUAGUUACAUCGUCAUGAGACUACAUAUAUACAUGUACCCUCACACAUGCUACCCUUUCACACUUAUCUCCAUUUCCACAGAAAAUUCUUUAGGUAGAGUAUAUAUUUAAUUAACUGGAGAGAUAACAACUAACAUCUCUCUACCCAGAAUGAUCAGAUUCACUAAUUUACUAAACAUCUGGAAAAAUUUCAAAGAAAAGCAAUAGGAGUAUAAAGAUUAUUAUUAUUCUGGAUUGAACAUGAGAAAAGAUUGUGACUCAAAAGAACUGUAAAGGUUGAUUCAGCACAAGUAACAUGCUGAGUAAAAUAGUAGAUAUGGCUGUCAUUUGGAGACAUAACUAGAAGUUCAUUCUUGUUCUCCACUUCUGGUAGUGGACCAUAUUUUAAGCCCCUAACUACAAGUGAAAUGCACUAGAUUCCUUUAUAAUGCAGCUACUAUUUUUGUAUUCUUAAAAUGAACUAUUUACCAAUACUUUCUUUUUUACUAUCCUCAGCUUCUUGUUUUAGGACCUGGAAUGAUAAAGUGAUUUUUCUGUAACUUUUGCUGUCUAAUGACAGACAUAUUAGGUUGUUUUGUUUUGUUAAUUUUUUUCCCCCUUACCAGAGCACUGCUUAGCUCUGGCUUAUGGUGGUAAAAGGGGUUAAACCUGGGACUUUGGAGCCUCAGGCAUGAGUGUCUCUUUGUAUAACCAUUAUGCUAUCUACCCCCGCCCCACAUGUUUGGUUUUGAAGACUUCUUUCAUGGAUCAAAGUGGCAGUACUCAAAUGUGGUAGUUGAUUGUCAUACAGAGCAAUUAACUUUACUCUUGGUUCUGAGGUUCUAGUCAAUAAUAGCUAGCAUUUAUUGAGCACUCUGUGUGUAUCAAACCCUAUAUUAAGUAUUUCUUGUGUUUAUGACAAAUGGUAGUAUAUCCCCUAUUUUGCAGAUGAAGAAAGAAGAAUUAGAAAGUUGUAGGAGCUCACCAAAAUCACAUGGUGAAGUGAUAGAUCAGGAAUUCUAACCUUCAGUAUGAUUCUUGAGUCAGUGCUUCUGAGCACAGUGAUGCAUGUAUCUAAUGAAUACCUACCACUGACUGUUUAAAAAUUAUGUUUCCCUGAUAAUAAGAGAUUUGGGGGAAGGGAAAGUGCAGUAAAGUGUUAAAUCCAUUAAAAUUACUGGAAAAUUGAUUGAAAGUGACAUUUUGACUUAUAAUUUUAUCAUCUUUAAUCUGCAAUCAUGUUGAUUUUUUGGAAUAAGAUAAAUUGUGCACAUAAAACAUUUAAUCCACUAACUGGGAGGAUAAGGCAAUAACACAGAUUCAAAUGCAAUUCUCUCUUAAUUGGACAAGUGAAAAUAGUAUUGUGGAAAGAUAUCCAUACAACACACCAGGCAGAUAGAUAAGAUGUCAGUAUUAAGUUCAUUUACAGUAUAAAGUGGAACAAAUCUUCAGCCUCAUUGCCCGUUUCCAACUCCCACUCUCUUUUUUUUUCUGUCUUUCAUGAUUUUUCAAACAGAUCAACCCUAUUUCUUCAUUAAUCUAUUCUUAAAACUUCUUCCUGACUUUUGUAUUUGGCACCACAAUGUAAUAUUCUCAAAACCACUGGUAGAUAAAUAUUAAGUUCUUUUCUUAGUUCUUGUCCUUCUUGAGCUAUCUUUCAUACUGUUGAGUUUCCUCUACACCUCAGGAAUUCUCUUCUUACUCAGCUUAUGGAGUCCUAUCUGGGUUUUUUUUUUUCUCAAGUUUCUAGCUUUUCUUUAUUAACAUUUGUUUUCUUUGCUUUCUUCAGAAUAGUCCUCUAUCCUGACUUUAUUCACUGUUUGUUCUGUAUUCCUGUUUUGAUUAUUUAUACUUAUCUUCUGUGUUUUAAUAAUGUAAUAUUUCCCAACAUAAAGGUUAUUGCUCAAUGUGUAGACUUUCCAUAGGUACCUAUUCGACAUGGUAUUUGAAAACAGAGCUCAUCACUCUUCUAUUUUUGUUUCACUUUCUUUUUUAUUUUUUUUUUUACGUCAUCCUAAGCCAUCUUAUGAAUUUCUUAUCCCAGUCUUGCUAAGUUGUUCCAAACUGUAAGUCUUUCUUGAAGCUGGAUCUUUUACAUUCCUGCCAUCCUCUCUUCCCCCUUUCUUGUCCCUCAUAGCCUUUUGUGUUAGUCCAUACAUAGCAUAUGAAGUCAAGGUCAUUGUGAGUCUUUUCCAAUUUGCUUGCAUUCUGCAUCUUCAUCUUAUAUGCAUCUAAAAUGAUUCUGCUCAACUCAGUUUUCAUGACUUUUCAUUUUCACAUGACUAUCCACCAUUUUCUUCUCUUAAAAAAAAAAAAAAAGAUUUAUUUAGUAGUAAUGAGUAGGAUAAAAAGAACCAGAGGAUCAAGCUGGUACAAAAAUGACCAGGAUUAAACUCAGGGCCUCAUGUUGGAGAGUCCAAUGCUUUGUCCACUGUGCCAUUUCCCUCAUAAUUCUUACCAGAGCAGUGGUAUUCCAGGUUCUCCAUUAUUUUGCCUUUCAUUCUCAAGAUGCCUCAGUUACCUUACUUUCUAGCUUGUCCAACUUGAUUCAUCACAUACAAACUUCUUGCAGCCUUCCACUAUGGUCUUAUAAGCCCUUGCUUCGGUGCCUUUCUCAUGCUAUUCCUUUCACUUAGAUUGCUCAGACCCCAUGCUCAGACCCCAGCUCACUUUCACCAUUCUCUUCAAAACCCCACUUCUGUGUAUAUUCUGAGUGAGCUCUCCCUGAGUCAAGCCACUUCACAUUGAAACCUCCCUUAUUCUUUGCUGCCUCAGAACCUAUCCUUUGAGUUUGUAUUGUGGCCCAUGCAGUUACUAAUAUCUUGCUUUAUAGUUAUUUUCUAGAAUUCUGCACUGUAGUGUCACAUUUGUAUUUAUUUCUAAAAUUAAAUUGUAAGCUCCUUGAGGGCAGGAACAACUUUUACAUUUGUACCUCUGCACCCCCUAGUGCCUAGUGCAGUGCUGAGCACACAGUAGGCAUUUAAUAAAUGCUUGUCACUUUAUUGUA